CUUCCAGCACCACUGUUACAUAUCUGUUCCGUUUGGGAAGUUCAACCUAAUGAAGUAAUGAUGGUUGGGGAUAACCUUAAAGAUGAUGUGAGUUCUGCUCUAUUUCUCUCUCCAUCAUUUGCACCAUAUUUGUUAAGAACAUUUCUGAUUCAUUUUGAGGUUGCUUGUGGGAAACGAGCGGGAGCAUUUACAUGCUUGCUUGACAAAACAGGGAGGUAUGAUUCUCCCGAAUACAUAGAUGUGGAAUUUAAGCCAGAUUACAAGGAAGAUGCUAAGUUGCUGAUUUUAUUUUCUUGUUCUUGGUAUUGCAACACUGUUAGGGCAUAA